AUGCUUGAAACCAGGAAUCUUGAAUCGAGCACUGGAGGUCCAGCCUCAGAGUCCAAUCCGGCAGAGAGAGUGCCUAAUCGGGGGAGCUUCUACAGCUACUCCACGGAAAUUUGCGGUUUGAAGAGAGAAAUUAGCAACGUCACAGUUUCGAACGGAUUGGCGUGGAACAAGGACGACACGAUACUCUACUACAUCGAUAGUGGCACCUUCAAAGUGGCCAAAUUCGACUACGACAGAAGGACUGGAGUUAUUAGCAAUCCUGAGACGGUUUUUGACUUUAAAGCGAACAAGAUUCCCGGGCUUCUCCCCCAUGGCAUGACAAUUGACACCGAGGACAACCUGUACGUCGCAAUGUACGGUGGAUAUCGGAUCGUGAAAAUAGACGCAACGCGAGGGGUUUUGCUGCGGACGAUCAAACUACCUGUCGCGCUUGUGACGGACAUGAUAUGGGGCGGUCGGGACCUGGACAUUCUCUUUGUGACGUCAUCCAGGAUGGGGCUCAACGAGACGGAAGUGGAGGAGCAGCCGUGGGCAGGGCGCGUCAUCGCCGUGACUGGACUCAACGCCACCGGGUGCAUCUCCCACGAGGCUGUCAUCUGUUUUCCUGGACGACCGGAGGACACAGAUAUCUGUAGCGCACCAAGUUAA